AUGGCCAGCUUCGGCAGCUACCUCAUCCCCCGCGUCGUAAAGGGCCUCUUUAGCUCAUCACAAGCUGGCCCGGUAGAGAAAGAUCGCAUCCCUGAUUCCUCCUUUACUGCAUCCACACCUUCUCGAAUCCCGCUCCCGGUUUCGAAACUGAAUUCUCCUAGGAAUGGUGCGAUGAGCGGGGAGAGGGUUGAUGGUGAAGGGGAUGUAGAUAUGCAUCGCGACUCUGGAGAUGAGCAAGUCCCCGAACCGGAAUCCGUGAAGCGGAAGAAGAAGAAAAAGAGAAUCUCGAAAGGGAAAGAGGUUGAAGAUACGCAGAUGGGUACUGAGGAGGUUGUUAGGGUUGAGCCGCCGCCUAUACUACCUGGUCAUACGAGUACGGGCAAGAAACGGGUUUCGCAAGCUGGGGUGGGUGCUGUGCAGGAGGAAGCUGUGGCCGAUGAGACGCCUGUGAAAGCUGCGCAACCGAAGGAGCGGAGUAAAGGGCAGAAGAGAGCUUCGAAGGGUGGGGAGGAGGAAUUGGUGGACGGCACGACAGUUGCGAUGAAUGGUCAUUCACAAAAUAGCGGCAUGACGAAUGGUGCUCUGGGACUGGAAGGAGCUAGAACUGAGCCUGAGAUUGAUGACACGCCUACAGUCAAGAAGCCGAAGAGGUCAAAGAAGAAAUCAUUACCGGUGGUGGAGGUGGAAUCAGAGAUUCAAGACGCAGAGGAUGUUGUUAUGGAUGAUGCACCAGCAACCCAAAAAGGCAAGAAGCCCAGAAAGAAGUCGUUACUCUCAAUGGAGGUCGGAUCCGAAAUCCAAGAAGAGGAUGCUGUUAUGGAUCCGCCUGCAACGAAAAACGCAAAGCAGCCAAAAAAGAAGUCUUCGCCUGUCGUUGAAGUAGGACCACCUGAAGAGGAUGAAGGUCCAAUAGAUGAUCCACCAGCACCUCGCGCGAACGGCAAGGCACGCGCCCCAAAGAAAUCUAAGGCAAAGGUUAAUAUCACGGACACGAGAGCCCCGGGUCCUGAGGGAGUUGAACCUGCGGUUGAAGAUAUUCAAGUUACGUCGAACUCCGAAAAGAAGAGGACGAAAUCUACGAAGACCUCUGUGGCCAUAGAAGAGAAAUACGACCAACAACCAGAACCUGAAGACGAAGAAGAUGGCUCUACACCCAAACACCCCUCUGCAAAGGCGCUCGGAAAACGAAAAGCCACGGAGCCAAUCUCACAGAAGGUCCCGAAGAAGCGUAAGGGCUCGGCCGAGCAGAGAAGGAGCUCUGGUGUUAGUUUGUUGGACCUUGGAUUUACGCAAGAGCGUUCUUCUCCAGUUGAGAGGCCAUUAUUUGUGGAUGAAUCAGUACAAUCCUCAAAGAACUUGGCCGACAUAACUUCCACAGAGGCCGCCGAGGAACAGGAGCCACCAACAGAGCCCAAAGCUGCCAAGUCAAAUACAAGACGAAAGUCAAAGGCCAAGACCCCAAUCAUACCCGGAUCUAGUCGACCAUCUACUGCUACCGGCAAGAAAAAAGCACCUCAGUAUACACGAGCAAAGAAAACUGUGAAUUCUGCCAACCGUGACGCAGGCCGCUCCGACGAAGAAGAUGCCGACUCGGAUGAUUCUCUAGCAGCAAUCCCCCAACCUACAAAAUCCAGCCCGAAGAAGAAACGUCGAUUACUGGUGGAUGACGACGACGAACCAGGUCCUUCAAGUGUGAAAUCUAAGAGAUCAUCCCAAGUUCCCGCGGAAAAAACACCAAAAGAGGAAAACGAAAAGCCACAGCGAAAGGGCAAAAUCACCGACGAAGAUCUUCAGUCCAUUUUGGAUGCUGUGAAUCUGUAUCGGGAUAUGCAUGAUCUUACCGAUUACCAAAUGGCCGAAGUAAUCCAACAGACUGGAGAACUCUCCGACGAGCACAAAUCUUUCUGGAAAGAAAUACGGGGGGCUGUUCCUAAGCUUCCCAAUCGCAAGGUUUAUGAAACAUGUCGACGUCGAUUCCACAAUUUUGAAGCUCGUGGCUCUUGGACUGAAGAGCAAGAUGAGGAUCUCAAAAGAGCUUAUGAGAAACAUCCUCAAAAGUGGAAAGUGAUUGGUGGCAUAAUCAAUCGAUUUCCUGAAGAUGCUAGAGAUCGGUGGAGAAACUAUUUGGUUUGCGGUGACAAGCUCCGAAAGAAUGUCUGGGACAAGGAAGAAGAGGACAAACUUCGGGCAGUGGUCGCUGAGUGCAUCGAGGUUCUCAAGAAGGCACAGGGAAAGGGCGAUCGAAAGAAACCACUCCAGUACUGGGAAGAUCGGAUAGAGUGGUCUAUUGUCAGUGCAAAGAUGAACUUGGAGCGAAGUCGUUUGCAAUGUAUUGCCAAAUGGAAGCAAAUAAAAGACCGCGGCGACUCUGAAGAUGAACACCUCCACGAGAUUAGUCAGUCAGAAUGGCGAGAGGCAGAGGCAACUCGCAUAGCUCAAGAUAUGGGUGCUGCUGAAGUUCUUAGACUGCUUCGACUGAUUCGCGAUAGUGGUGCUGGGAAAGAAAACAAUAUCCCUUGGGUUCUCAUUGUAGAGGAACUGGGCGUGGCCGGCAAGAAUAGACGUAUGGCUUACAAGGUUUGCUUGCGGAAGCUUAGAGCCAAGAUUCCCAAUGGCGAAGACAUGAAAUUUCGGGAAGCUGUGGAGUCUUUGAUUAAUGUGUUUGAAGCUGUUCAUCCUCGUUACCCGGAAGCCUAUAGAGACCACGAGGUACUCAAGGAGGUUAAGAGAAGAAACCGACCUUCGAAAAAGACUAUGGAGGGCGAGGAGACGGAUGCUGAUCCAACAGACCAGGUCCUGCAAGAAGCCGCGGGAGACAAUGGAGAGGGAUCAAGCAAGCAAAAGACAACGAAAAGCAAACCUGUAGAGGUUCCACGAAAGGGUGGCAAAUCUACAUCGCGCGACCCCCCGGCAUCUGAUGACGAGGAACCUGACACAGAGAAUCAUAUGCCUCUUGGGUCCCAGAAACCAUUCCGUGCACCAAAGUCCAAGAACAGACGACAAAAAUCAUCAUUAGAUGAGGAUUCUGCAGAGCAAGCGGAAGAAGAACAGUCCUCGGAGUCCAAGAAGAAACCUCGCAAGACAGAAUCCAAGGGCAAAGCAGCCUUGCCUCCUCUUGACGAAGAGGUUGCUGAGCCUUCCGUGGAAGUGGAUGCCGAAGAGGACGAAAUUCCUGCCGAACCAUUGCCAAAGAAGUCGCGUAAAGCGAAAUCGAAGGCUAAAGUUCAAUCGUCACAACCCGGUGAUGAGGAGCGUGCCUUGGAGGCCGACUUGGAGGAGGAGCAACGACAAUCCUCAAAGUUGAAGAAAAAUAGCCGCAAAUCCAAGCCAAAGGCCAAAGUCGUGUCGCCCCCGGGUGAUGAGGUCCCUGAGACCAACCCGGAAGCCGAUCUUGAGCAAGAGCAACAAGCACCUCCGUCUAAAAAGAAGCCGCAGAAAUCGAGAUCAAAAUCCAAAGCCAAAGUCUCGGCGCUUUCUGAAGAACGAGUUGUAGAUUCCGAUGCUGACGAAGAGCCGCAGCCAGCACCGACAUCUUCGGUGAACAAACCCCGUAAGUCGAAAUCCAAGCCCGACGUCGAGCCGCCACGAUCUGAUGGAGAGGAGAAAUCCGAAGAAAUUAGCCCAAAGAAAAAGAAGAGCAAGAAGCUUCGGGACCGCAUGGAGGAUCAAGAAGAGGAAGAGUCUAAAGAAGCUGUUGAAGGCUAUGGAUUUGCAGCUGACAUGUCCGAUAACAUGUCUGACGACGAUAUAGAUGAUGUUAUGGAGCAACUUAAAUCAGCAGCGAAGCUCAAAAAUCACAAGCCAAAGGAUGCAGACGCUACCAGAGUCAAGGAAACGGCUAUUCAUCAGCAAUACCUCUCUGUGAAUAAUGAUGAAGAGGUCAUUGAUGCUUCGCAAUUUUCUGAGACUGAGGAACAACCCGAGAUCAAUGGCCAUGUUCAGCAGGAUGUCGAAAUGGUGGAGGUUGAUGAUAAGCCUCAGAUCAAUGAUCAUAUCAGUGAGCAAGCAUCGGAUGCGCCAAUUGAGGAGGAUACCCCUCGUAUCAACGGUCACACAAACGAGGAGGAUUCAGACGUACCGGAUGAGGAAGAAGACGGUGAUGUCGCUCAAAGUUCUGACGACGAACCUGUUGUAAAUGGCCAUCAAAGUGCAGACGAAUUUGAGACAGCACCCCAGGAGCUUGUUUCUCCGUCAAUCUCUGCACACGAGGAGGAGCUUCCCGUUAAUGGCCACUUGGGUGAGAGCGAACCCGAACUGGCCUCCCCAGAAGUAUCUGAUGUCGAAGAGAACCCACGAGAAGACGGGAUGAUCAAUGGUAACACUGCCGAAGACUACUCUGACAUUGACGAUGACAGCAAUAACUUCGGGUACAAGGCUAGUUUUGAAGAUAGUGACACGUCGGAUUACGAUGCUGGCGAACAGCCACGAAAUGCAACCACCACUUUUGAGAAUCGACAUGAUCCCGAGAAAAUGGACAUCGACCCUCCCGUACUCGAAGUACCCAACAAUCGAGCCCAGGAUCUUUCUAUUAGGCUGCAAGCUUCGCAAGCUAUGCAAGCUAUUCCAAUCGGAUCCCCUAGUCCUUCCGCAUCUGUAGUAGUCAAAGUUGAGGAUCUCUCUGACGCGACCUCCCCCUCUAGUCCUUUUGACUCGGAUGACCAUCUCGAUGACCUUGGCGACAACCUCGUCGAAGAGCAAGAAGCCAAAAUAGCGUUCCUAUAUCCAGAAGCGAGUGAUGAGGAGGACGAUCAAGUAAAGUCAAACCAUGAAGUCGAAGCCAACGAAAUGGACCACGAAGAGGCUGAUGAGAGUGACAAUGAGCCCGAGCAUCUGGAAUAUAAGCGUCACGAGGUCCAACAUGAGCAAAUGUCGCAAGAAUUCGAUGAGGAACCAGCACAGAUAGAAGACGCUGAAUCUGAUGGGGAGCUUAUUUAUGACGGAUUUGCAGACCAACAAGGGGACAUAGCUGGCGACAAUGCAGAUGAUGAACUUGACGAAGGAUUUGAUGAGGGACCCAUAGUUGAAGACCAGCUAUUCGAGGAAUCUGCAGUAAAUGCUCCAACUGAGGAGGGUGAAAUUGAAUCAACCGACCAAGACCGAGGAGCCGUUACACCUGAGCCAGUCGUAUCCCGGACCUCUCUUAGUCCUGAUCUCGAUACCCCUACUCGACCAGCUGAUGAUCCUACACGUUCCAUCAGUCCCGACCUCGACACACCAGUUAAAGGCGACGGCCGCACACCAAGGGAGUUUCGCAAGCGAGUCAAGAAGAUCAACUACGAUGAUGCUGCAGCUUUAGUCGAAGAAGUGGUGGAAUCUUCUGACGAUGACACCGUUCAACCCAAACGUGAGAAAGACAGGAAAUCGGCCGUUGCAGAGAGCGCCUACGGACACGAUUAUGUCAAUAGCUUCCCAUCCUUCCACGGUUUCGAGAGCCUUAAUCGGAAUCAUGAACGACCGGUUACGCCCCAUGAGAGGAAGAGACGUGAGAGUGAGAGCUCGAGUGAUUAUAGUAUUCCCGCUGAGGCUACACCGUUGCAUGUUCGAGCGGAGAGGGCGUGGGGUGAUGAGGAGGAGUAA